UCCAGACUUUAAUUCUAAAUCUAUCUUGAACUUGUGCACCAAUGAAUGUUAUUUUACCACCUCCCACCUGUGCUUGAAGUGAUGUGAGUUUUCCCAGAGACCCCCUGCCCCUGGUGUGAUGUCUCUCUGCCGCUUUGAAAUUCUUAAGCGCCUUGCGGAGGUGCAACAUCACACCUCUUCAUCCAGGAUAUAUUGGGCUGCUGCCUCCAGCUCUUUAGCAUUCACUCAGGUACCAGAGAACAAGAAGGAAACAUCUCCUCUGCUGAAAGAUCACAGCCAUGGAAUUUAACUUCACUCCUUAUAUGCUCCAAGGAGCCAAAUGCCAGUUUGAAUCAUCUACCAGCAUUGAUGCUGGGUACUUCAGCGCCUGUGGAAGUCUUUCUCCAAGCUCCUCAAUUGAUUCUGGAUGUUUUUCUCCUCCUACGAGCUGUUGGGGAGCUGGAAGACAGCCGGAGGCUGCUGAAAAAACAGACGUAGACUGCAUACCGGCAAAAAACCCAAGAAUAAUCCUUCCUGCUGAGGGAAAGAGACGUUCCAGGUCCAAAAACCCUGGAACGAAGCGCCAGACGGCCAGCGAAAGAGAGAAGCUCAGGAUGAGGGAUCUGACCAAAGCUCUGCUUCACCUCCGAACCUACCUACCUCCUUCUGUGGCUCCUCCUGGACAAACCUUGACCAAGAUUGAGACCCUUCGCCUCACUAUUAGCUACAUCUCAUAUCUUUCUUCUCAACUGGAACAGUCUGAGACCUCCAACCACGAAACAACACCAAGAUGCUAUUCGCAAGAUACUUCAGAUAGGCUUUCAGAAACCUGGUGUCUGGAUGGAGUACAGGGACACGUGCAAGACAAUGUCCAGUACUGUCCAACAUUCACAGCCUUCAGUGAUUCAACACAACAGAUGGAAAACAACUUUCCUUCUACUUCACACUUCAGAGACACACAAUCCUAUAUGUUUCCCUGCACAACAACACAUGAUUCUACAUACAGCCAUCAGUUUUUUCAAUGAAGAUCACAGAGAGGAUAUGAGGUCACCUUAUGCCAAAAUCAGAUGGCCACUGUGUGAAAACUUCAUCUAAAGACUUUAUUUGUUGCAUUAAUUAUUUGUAAUUAUUUAUCAGAAGACAUAUUUUUCUAUUGAAUACAUUUGUACUGUAUAUAUUGCUUAUUUAUUGUCCUUUUCAAUUAAAUGCUUUAAAAUAUUACUAAUUUUUGCAUUUUCUUAGUUUGUUCCUCAUACAUUUUUGAAAACACAAUUCAAACACUUCUAUAAUAAAAUCAUUUUAGUCAGCACAAGUUAAAAAAAAAAAAGUUGAAAUUAAAUAAUGACCUUGGGAACAGCUAGUUAAAUUCACUGCAAAAAGAUACAAAGAAUUCAUAGGCUAAUACACUGGAAAAAGGUGUAUAGGAUAUACUUUUAAACACUUUUUAUUUGGAAAUUGUUAGUAAAUUUCACAAACUAAUUACAAAGAAACAGCAAGUAACACAUUGAAUUAAAUGUUAAGUACUGGAAUACUAUUUUCUUAAAGUGUAUGGUAAAAUCCUUUGGGAUUUGAAUAAUACCAUAAUUAGUUAUAAUUAUGUAUAAAAUUAUUUACAUAUCUACAUAUAAACCAAUCAAAAGUCUCACACAU